AUGGUUUUUCUUCUCUACAUGUAUGCGGCCCUGGUAAGAGAUCGGUCGCGGUCUGCUGCCGAUACAACAGUCGUCGCUAAAACAGAUUCGAGUUCAUCCCCCUCCGAGUCGGAUUCGUGUUCAUCGCGUACGGAGCGCAGUACAGUGACAGCGCCUCACGUGCCGCCGCAGUUUACAGGAAAACGACUCUCACUGGGCUUCGCACUCUCCAACAAAACACAUCACUAUGGCAGCUUCUACUUGCGAAUGGGGGCUGUUGCAUUUGGUAUUGGAUCCAUGAUUUAUUCCGGCUUGGAGUUUGGUCAGUACUGGGAGCUGGAGAGGAAUACCAAUUGUCACAACGUGCUACUUGCUCUGACGCCCGCUACUAGAAUGGCUUUUAUCUUCAUACAGAUGUAUUUCAUCUUUCUCAAUAAUGAAAUGAAAGUAUAUAAACACAAGAUAGUAGCGAGGUUCGGAUUAAUGCACAUGGUGGGGACAAACCUGAGCGUGUGGUUGAACGUGCUCGUGCAGGAGACAAAACACGAAAUACUAACGUUCUAUGACCCGGAGAAUAAGACCAUCGGACUAUCGCAUAGAUUGGCAUUCCAGAAAGCAUUCGCAUCUUUAGGGACAGAAGUACCUCCAUCACAUCCAGCCGCGGCUCACCUGCGUGUCCCUCGAGGGCUUAAAGGUCCGCACCAUAUUUUCGAGUGUCGGCGCACAAACAUCAUGGGCUCACUCGUUCAGGAUGCCUCACCGUUUCUCUUCCCAUGCACAAUCGAGUAUUCUCUCAUCUGCGCUGCUAUUCUAUACGUCAUGUGGAAAAAUAUCUCCAAGUAUCCUUCAAAAGAUGUCGCUGCAGCGAUAGCCAAAGCUCGUAUACUCGAAGGACUAGCUUAUAAAAAGUCUCCACAUCUGUAUAGCGUGGAUUGUGCCAGAGCACACAAAGGCUUGUUCUUUGGAAUACUCGUUCUAGUCCUUACAAUCAUAUCUUUGAUACUAUUCUUUGUCUUAGUGUCCAGAAAAGAAUAUGCAACAUUAGCGGUGGUGGAAGUGAAUGUUUGUGAAUUGGCACUUUACGCCAUGACGACUUUUGCGAGCUUAGCUGGAAUGGUUUGUGUCAGAAAAUUAAAAUACGACGGCAAUAGAAAUUUGGAGCUGGAUAAUAUCCUUCUUGUAGGAGCGCAAACUGGAAUGUUCAUCUAUGGCACUUUCACCAUAAUCGGUGGUCAUUUCACUAUAGAGAAAAAUACUAUCUUAAUUCUGAUUACGGCUCUAUCGUCUUUAGUGCAGACAACUUGCCAGACAAUGUUUAUUUUAGACGCGAGUCGCAGGUCAGCCAAGACCCCAGAACAGCUACGAAAGAAGCCGGGCAGAGAAAUCGUCACUUUCCUUUUAGUAACAAACCUAGCGAUGUGGGCUAUAAAUACAUUGGAAAAAUCCAGAGCAGAAUCCCACCCAGUACAGCUGCAUUUCUAUGGAUUAUGGGCUUGGACUAUAAUCACUCAUGUUUCUAUGCCGUUGGCGAUCUUCUACAGAUUUCAUUCGACAGUUUGCCUCUGCGAGAUCUGGAAGAGGGCUUACAAGAUGAAGCCUGCUUACAUGUAG